AUGAUGAGUUAUCACCUGGCCAUUGCCACAAGGGCAGGCAACGCCCUCAAGCAGUUCUCCACGGAAACGAAGGAGGAGCUGAAACCUCUGGAAGGAGUAUCCAACGCGGAACUCCUUCUCAAGAAAGAUUGGUUCGUGGAAAGGCUGGACAUCAUCGAAUCGAAGAUGGAGAGGCUCGAGAGGAGCAUGUCCGAGCUUACGACGGCAGCCGAAAACGAGGAGAUCGCCGAAAAAUCCUGGACAGAUGGCCAAGUACGAGGGAAACGUGGACCUGGUAUUGGAAAUCAUGGGAAAAAGCAGGAGAAGUAAGGGAUGCUCUAAGUGCAAAGCUGCGUCGGAUACGAUCAGAGGAGUCGACUUCGAGGCAUCGAUCGAGCAUGCUGAAGGAGGAGAUCCGUGUGAGCGGACACCAAAUCCGCAACAACAUCACCGUCCCAACGUUCAACGGGAACAAGUGGGAGUUUCAAAGAUAUUGGGUUAUCUUUGACGAGCUAGUUCACCGAACGGACGAGAGAAAAAAAUCAUCAAAUUUUUGUCAUCUGCUCAACUCACUCAGAGGAGAGCCACUGGAACUUCUAUACCGCUUCGAGGUAUCAGAAGAAAACUACGACGACGCGAUAAAGUUGCUCAAGGCGAAGUACUCCGACAGAGAAUCCAUUGUUCUUGAGCUGAACGACAGACUCAAGAAUGAGAAGGCUCUGGAUUCCUCAAUCAAAGAACAAAGAAGGUUGAUGGAACGGAUGAUCAUCACCAUCACGCAACUCAAACGUCACGGAGAGAACCUCGACAACCGUUACCUGAUGGACUUUCUUCUGGGAAAAUUCUCGCAGUCCAUCAGGAAAGAAACCUACAGAAGCAAGAUCCAAGCCAACAAGGAUUGGACAAUGGCGCAGAUGUUUGAGGACCUUGAGCAAGUGAUCAAAAUCGAGGAGGAUCUUCGGGUGUGUAUGGGACCCGGAGAGGAAUCCGAGAAGACGACGAUCGAGCAAGGGCAAUCUACAUUCCAAGAACCAAAUCCGAACAACGCGUUCGGAGGUGGUGUUCGACAAAAUCAAGAUCCUGGGUGA